AUGUGUACGGCGCGACGGCGGCACGGCCCGUGCCCGCGCGGGCGCCUUUCACCGCAGGUCGUAGGUCAGGGCGCGCUCAGGUGCUCCGCCCUCGGCUCUCCGCCCCCGCACCGCAGCCGUGUCCACCCGCGCCCUGCACUCUGCAGUAACGGCCCGCCACCAUUGCCCUAUUCAGCUGUCGUCGCGAGAACAACAUCGCCGCCGCUGGGAAUAACAAUACUUACGAAUUAUUCCACUGCUCCAUACUACUGA